UGCAGUUUUUUUCUUUCUUUAAAACCAAAAUGGCGUUAAACUUAGUUGUCAAGAUACAUCCCGUUGUUUUAUUUCAAAUUGUGGAUGCAUAUGAGCGAAGAAAUGCGGAUUCACAUCGAGUUAUUGGCACUUUGCUGGGCACAUCGGACAAAGGUGUGGUGGAAGUGACGAACUGUUUCUGCGUGCCGCACAAGGAACACGCAGACCAGGUGGAAGCCGAGCUUAACUACGCCAUGGACGUUUACGAGCUCAACCGACGGGUCAAUGCCUCGGAAAACAUAGUUGGGUGGUGGGCGACGGGCAACGAGGUGACCAACCACUCGUCGGUGAUCCACGAGUACUA